AACGGUCCGUGUCACCAGUCGUAACUUAUCCGGCGAUGGAGGCGGCGAUCUGAGGAUCCGUGCGCUGAUAGAAACGAAGGGAGCGAAAAACUCGCUCCUUUUUUCGCCUUCUUCGAUCCAUCUCGAUCGUCUCGUCAAGACCCUACACCUCCAAAGGCAAGAACUUGACGGACAGCGUCUCCGUUUCACUCGAUCCGACCCCAAAUUGUUUGAUCCGCGGGUUUUACUGUAUGGCUGACGUAUAGCAUGAACACGCUUGGACCAUCGAGGAAAGGUACAGGGAGGCACGCGAGGGAAGGUGUCAGUCGUAAGAUGGUUCUGAAUUUGGACCUCAACUCUCCUCCGGUGGAGUGCCAGCUUCCUGAGGGGACUUCCGGUUGUAGACAUCCACGGAUUUCUCGAGGAACAUCUAUUUCCGUUGAUCCUCAGUCGGGUAAUCCGACCGGACGGCAGCAAGGGUCUUCUGCGCCAUCAAACGAUUGCUUAAAUGGUGGUUUGAUUGAUGUAGAGCUGAUAGAGGAUGAGGUCGUGAUUCUCUCUUCCCCGAGAGGUCUUCCCCUGAGGAGGAACCACUCCAGAAGAGACCACCCUGUGACAGUGGUCCUAGAUGAAGAUCCAAAGACAAAUUUGAGACGAUCAGGCGAACAAGUGGUCAGAUCAUCUUUGAACACCAGCAACAAACGGUAUAAAAGUUCGACAAGCACGGCAGUUACUAGUUAUGAUCUUUAUCUUGGUUUGGAAGAGGACUACAAUUCCAAGAGGAAAAAUAUGAUGAAGUCUAAACUAGAGCCUGCGGAGGUAAUUAGGAAGGAACCUGCCUUCACCUGCCCUGUCUGCAUGGAUGCAUUGGUGGAGGCAGCAUCAACCAUCUGUGGCCAUAUUUUCUGUCUAAAGUGCAUAAAGGCCUCCAUUCAGGCACAGAAGAAAUGCCCAACCUGUAGAAGGAAACUCACUAAGAACAAUUUUCAUCGUGUUUAUCUUCCAUUUUCCGAUUGACACGACACCGAUUAGGUCCUUUAUGUUCUUCAUGAUUUUACCAGUGAUUCUUCCAGGUCCAAGAAUGUUUUUCAAUGUAGUUCAGGAACAAUGUGAUGAAAUAUGUGUUCAGGAACUACGUAAAAAAUAUCCAUCUCAUUACAAGGA